AACAAAACCACAUAAUCUAAGGCUCACGCCCAACUCUCUGAAGCCCUGUGUCUGCUAGUUCCUGUGUGGUUUGCCUACAGACUGCAGGGCUGACUGGGGGUAGUUUGGAGGAGGGAGUAAGAAGUAAGGCAGGUGGAGGCACUAUUAAUGGAUCUGUGAACUCGUACCCUGUUUUAGUGAGGUCCUUGGAAGACAGCACAAGGUGGAUCUGCACUCUGAAAUGCAGUAAUUUUGGUGUUUGACUUCAUCUUCCUUCUUGGAAGAGAAGAUACUAUUAACUCGGUGUCAAAGCCAAGACAUAGACUCAACCUCUUCUCUUCAAAAAGAAUUAAGGUGGCACAGGGUGCAGACGUGAAGGAAGAGAGAGAGGGUGCUGAGCGGACUCGUUGCAUUUGGGAGUGAUACUACAGCCCUGGUGAGCACAAGAAAAUGCUUCACGUCGCGACAUGGAAGCCAUCGCCAAGUUUGACUUCACCGCCUCAGGCGAGGAUGAACUGAGCUUUCACACUGGAGACGUUCUGAAGAUCUUAAGUAACCAAGAGGAGUGGUUCAAGGCGGAGCUUGGGAGCCAAGAAGGAUAUGUGCCCAAGAAUUUUAUAGAAAUCCAGUUUCCUGAGUGGUUUCAUGAAGGUCUCUCGCGACACCAGGCAGAGAACUUACUUAUGGGCAAGGAGGUUGGUUUCUUCAUCAUCCGGGCCAGCCAGAGCUCCCCAGGGGACUUCUCCAUCUCCGUCAGGCAUGAGGAUGAUGUUCAGCACUUCAAGGUCAUGAGAGACAACAAGGGUAAUUACUUCCUGUGGACAGAGAAGUUUCCGUCUCUAAAUAGGCUGGUGGACUACUACAGGACGACUUCCAUCUCCAAACAGAAGCAGAUCUUUCUGAGGGAUAGAACCCGAGAGGAUCAGGGUCACCGGGGCAACAGCCUGGACCGGAGGCCCCAGGGAGGCCCGCACCUCAGUGGGGCUGUGGGAGAGGAAAUCCGGCCUUCGAUGACCCGGAAGCUGUCGGACCGCCCGGCGCCCCCUCCCUCACAGUGCCCCCCAGCCCCCCCAGCACAGGAGCACCGCUACCUGCAGCACCCUCAUUUCCAUCAGGAACGCCGAGGAGGCAGCCUUGACAUAAACGAUGGGCACUGUGGCAUGGGCGUGGGCGGCGACAUGAACCCGGCCCUCAUGCACCGGAGACACACAGACCCUGUGCAGCUCCAAGUGGCCGGGCGAGUGCGGUGGGCCCGGGCGCUGUACGACUUUGAGGCCCUCGAGGAGGACGAGCUGGGGUUUCGCUGUGGAGAGGUGGUCGAGGUCCUGGACAGCUCCAACCCGUCCUGGUGGACCGGCCGCCUGCACAACAAACUGGGCCUCUUCCCUGCCAACUAUGUGGCGCCCAUGAUCCGAUGAGGCCCUUCCGGGGGGUCAGAGGCUUUUGUGUGAAGCUGCCUGCAGGAGAGGGGGCAAGGAAGAAAAGCUGGAACUAUCCACACAUACGUAUUUAUGUGUGUACGCGCACAUGCACACCUAUGCCUCUGUGUACACGCAUUUUCUAAUAGUAAUUUAUUGGCAAUUUCACUGGUUACUUAGUUGAUGUGAAAGGAAGUCAGGUGAGAAUGAUAUUCAUACUUGUUUUUCUGCUCCCCUCAGCGGUGUGUGGAAGGCAGUGGGAAAACUGGCCGGUGGGGAGGGGCAGGGACAUGAAACGCAAAUUCUUGCCGUCUCUAAGAUGGUCCUGCUUCCUCCUGGCCUGGGGAACGUUCACUGAGAGUAGCUCAGCAGAGAGCCACACCCUGGGGUUGGACGGGAACUACAGGGUGGGGCUGGACUCGGUGGGGCAUGUUUGAGCUCACCUCCAAGCCCUGCUCACCUUCAGGGUUUGCAGGGCAGCUUCCCUCCUGCUCUACAAGGGUGGGUACUGCUGGGUUGAGAAUAAAGGUGCCGCCCCAUAGGGCUGAGCUUGGGAGCAGGAAGGGCCGAGAAGGCGGGACUGGACUGGAGCAGCAGGUGUCCCCAAGCCUGGGCAAGGCUGGCUUCACCUCCCUCCAGUGAGUGUUCCUCGGCUAGUCCUCUUCUCCGAGGCUGACCUGGAGAAACGGAGACCCCGAGGAGCCAAGCACUGGGAGACGGAGGGGUUUUCACAAAUCCUCAGUGACUUACUUGAGAGUAACCUCUGUUUCCCCAGAUACCAAGAAAGCAGCGUCUGAGACUCUGUAAAAUGCUUAGAGAAGCCCUGGCUGAGAAAGCUGGAUUUCAGAGCCAUUAUUUUAUGGCGACAAGGGUGUCUCUUUGGGUCUCUAUUUGUUUCCCCAUGUUUUGAGGAUGCUUUGCCCAGUGGCACGGAGAGAAGCCCACUCCACAAGAGCAUUGAUUCGCUAUUGUUGAUGGGUUGAUUGGUUGGCUGAGCAUGACCCUGGGUGGGAGCCGGCUUUGCAGUGAGCUUCCUGUUGGAUCUGGCUGUUGAGCCACUGCUGACAGCGCAACCCCCCAACACACACACCCAAUACCUGCAUGUGGGGCCGCUAUCUCUCCUGCCACCUCAAAAUAGAAUUGUGUUUCCCUUGGGGGUGUGGGUGGGGACUGGCCAGGCUGGGGAGCAGAGACACCGCACCGGAGAAGGAAACUCAGAGCCCAGGAGCAAACACGUCUGCACCAAGGGCCCUGAGAAGAGGGGGUGUGUGUGUGUGUAAUGAGACCGAAAUGAAAGGGUGGGGUGCCCGUGUUGGUGAGGGAGCAUGGGGGGUGAGGUGGGCCCGUUCCUUUGUCUUCUCCCCCAGCCCUUCCUGCUCUAAGGAGUGACGGCGGCAGCCAUUAUGGAGGGUGAUAGAAGAAGAAAGAGUUUCUACUCAGAAGUAACUGUCAGUGUAAUGUGGGCUGUGUCCCUUUGACUCUGAAUUCUAUGAUUCUGUGAUCCCUGUGUCGUCUGUAGAGAGGAAGGGAAAAAGAAGGCGCUCUGUGGUGAGUCUUGGGAGGGAAGAGAAAACAGCCCUGAGAGGCGGGGGGAGUCGAGGGAGAGUGGGGAGGGUCUGGCACGCAGCCUUUAGAGAUGACAGCACGGAAAGGGAAAAGGGGCAAAGACAUUUCAAAAGAUCAAGGAGCAGCGUGAGAGGGACAAAGGGAGGGAGAGGAGGCAAGAUGUUAAGCGGGGCAGGUGAGGAAGACAUGGGAGUAGGGGUCGGCCGGCUGGCGAGCAGACAAGCGCCGGAAGGAGGGACCGAGCAGGUGCGCGGAAGGAGCAAUGAGAGCCGAGGUGUGCGCGCUGGCGAGGGCAGGGGCGAAGGCACCGCGAGGUUGAAGGCAGAAGAGCAGGGAGAAAGAAAAGCAAGGCAAAGAAGACCUGAAAGCUAUUUUGGUGCUAGGUAAUGUGAACAUGUUACAGUAAAUAAAAGCCAAAAGCGAUGUUUGAUUGUA